AUGGUGAGUUCCGUGACCACGAUCUCUGAAUUCUCUGCUUCUGAUGUAUCAAAGAGGUCUCGAUCUCCGGAACCAACAAAAAAGAAGAUCAAUGUCAAGGUCAAGAACCAACAGGACGGAGGAUCGGAUAUGUUCAAGGUUGGUGUUAAUGCACAGCUGAAGAAACUAAUGACUAUUUACUGCGAGAAGAAAAACUUAGAUUAUAGGACUGUCAGAUUCAUCUUCGACGACAAAGAGCUCAAACCACGAAACACUCCUGCUCAGCUGAUGAUGGAAGACAAUGAUAUCAUUGAUAUGGUCACCGAUAAAGACGGUGGUUAA